UACGGUCUGUCGACGUCCUGCGCGGGAGCGGAAAACGUGCAUCGGACUGUGCGGAAAGGCAGCAGAGUUUUCCUUGUGAAAAUUAUUAUAUUUAAAGAAUUUUCUCAACCACUAAGAACACCCCGCUUUCUCGCAGACGUCUUUACUCGCUAGAGGUGUCCGUGAGAUUAGCUGGAGUACAUUCCGUGACUGUGACUUGGCAACACGUCCAUCAUGGCUCGAGACUGGAAACCUGGUGAUCUGAUUUUUGCCAAGAUGAAGGGUUACCCACACUGGCCUGCAAGAAUCGAUGAAGUCCCAGAUGGUGCCGUGAAACCAUCCAACAUCAAGUUUCCCAUCUUCUUCUUCGGCACCCAUGAAACGGCGUUUCUUGGUCCCAAGGAUAUCUUUCCGUACCAGCCUAACAAAGAGAAGUACGCCAAGCCCAACAAGAGGAAAGGCUUCAACGAAGGACUGUGGGAAAUCGAGAACAACCCAAAAGUGGAGCUUACUGCGCCCAAGCCGGUUGCCCCUGAGUCUUUUGCUGAAAAGGAUUCAGACAGCAGCCCAGAAGGAGAAGAGGAUGCAGAUGACAAGGGCAUGAAAUCCAAAGUUCCAGGAAAUGAGGCUGAGCAGGAGAAUGAGAAUGAGGAGGAGGAGGAGGAGGAUGAGGAGGAGGAAGGGUCUCUGAUCUCUGAGCAGGGUCCACAGAACCAGGAUGGCUCUGCUCAGAAAGAAUCAGCAGAUGUUCCUAAACCCAAGAGAGGAAGAAAGAAAAAGACUGAUGGGGACCAAGAGAAUGAAAAAGAUGACGCACCAGCAAGUCCCGUCAGUCCUUCAGGUGGAGAUGGUCCGAAACGAAGAGGCAGGAAACCCAAAAGUGAGAAGCUGCUUUUGCUUCAGCAGCAGGACCAGCAAGGCUCUGGAAGUGAAAUGGAUACUGGUGAGUUGGACAAAAAGAGAAAGCGGGCAGCAGAGGACAAGAUCCAAAGUGGAGAGGAAGAGAAGAGAAAGAAGAAAGAGGACAGCAAAGGAAAGGAUGCAGAGAUGAAAGAGCUGGAAACGAAGAAGAAGAAACUGUCAAAGGAUGACACUUCUUCUGGCUCUGACGAUGAAGAGAAAAACAAAGGCAGAAAAAAGCAGCAAAACUCAGAACUGGACAAAGAUGUGCGGCGGCGGAAAGCAGAUGAGUUGAGAGAACCAAACAAAGAUGAUGGAAAGAAGAGUGAAGAGAAGGGAGGAGCCAAGAAAAAAGAAAUGUCCACUGACUUGAAACUCCAGCGACUCCACAGUGAAAUCAAAGUUUCCCUGAAAAUUGACAACCCUGACGUGAAGAAGUGCUUGGACGCGUUAGACGAGAUUGGCGCCCUCCAGGUCACGACCCAGCACCUGCAGAAACACAGCGAGCUCAUUGCGACGCUCAAAAAGAUCCGCAGAUUCAAGGCCAGCCAGGACGUCAUGGACAAGGCCACCAUGCUGUACAACAAGUUUAAGAGCAUGUUUCUAGUCGGGGAAGGGGACUGUGUGCUCAGCCAGGUGCUCAACAAGUCUUUGGCUGAACAGCGGCAGCACGAAGAAGCAAAGAAAGGAGCGCUGAAGAGAGUCGAGCAAGCCAAAGAAAACAACUCAGACAAGGUGACAAAUGGUGAUCUCAGCCCCGAAGAAAAGAAGCAGGAGACGGAGAGAGAGAAGCCUCUUGAGGACACCUCAGCAGAAGAAGAUCACAGUGCAGAGAGCAUCAUGAAGACCAAGGAACACACCAGGCAGGUCCGAGAUACUGUUGUGGAGAAGUUUAAAGCCGGAUUUGGAUACAAAAAGAUUUCCCAAGCUUUAAACAUCUCAAGGAGCACUGUGCAAGCAAUCAUAUUGAAAUGGAAGAAGUAUCAGACCACUGCAAAUCUACCAAGACCCGGCCGUCCCUCUAAACUUUCACCUCGAACAAGGAGAAGACUGAUCAGAGAUGCAGCCAAGAGGCCCAUGAUCACUCUGGAUGAACUGCAGAGAUCUACAGCUGAGGUGGAAGAGUCUGUCCAUAGGACAACAAUCAGUCGUAAUGACGCAGAUCAUCGCCUCAGGAUGUGUACCUGCCCCAAAAGAUCAGGAGGAGUCCACCUGAGUGUCCUACACGCCUGAAGAAAAGAGAAUUGCUGCUGUACUAAAACAUACCUUUGUAAAAACUGGCCUGAACAACUGGGAUCUCCUGUCCAGUUCACUUGGAUGACUGAUGACGAUCAUUCACUCCCAGUUUACUGACGAUGCUGCUGCUCAAACGUUUCAGUACAUCAGCCUGCCCUCCUAAGAAAAUGACUGACUGCAUAUUAUAUUUUUGUACUUUGUGUAAUCGUUAACUUCCAGACACCUUAUGUGGCAUAGUAACAGUGUAGAGUAAGAGUUUGUAAAUCUGCAGCACUGAACGUAGAACUAGACGAGGCAGUGUUAGUGCCAUCUGGUCCCAACUGGUGCAGAAGGUUUUGAUCACGCUCUGAUUUCUAACAUGUUUAAACUGACAUUUACUGAAUCAACAACCUCCUGUACAGAUGGUCGAAAGCACACACGAUUAUCUGUAGAUAGAAGCACUGUUAAAAUGUGUAAUAGCUGCGUUAACACUCUCUAAGGCAUGUUUCAUGGAUGUUCACAUGCAUGAACAGAAAACUGUGGAGUUUGCCAAAGUUUCUUCUGCCAGGAAAAUGUUUUAUUUUCAACCAAGUUCAAAUGUCUGUUUUAAGUUUUCUUUUAAACAUAGAUGUAAAUAAGAGUAUUUUUGUGCCUGUCUGAUGACCUGUUUCAACAUCCAAUAAUAAAGUGGUAGCUGUAGUACA